AUGGCAACCUGUUCUGUUCCUGCAGACAUUAUCCGGCUAUUAACCCCUAACCUUAUUGGAAGCCAGCUCAACUGGGCCCUAUACGGUGUUCUUGUAGUCCAGUUAUCUGGGGAUGUUCAGCAAGUGCUUAUGGGAUAUACACAACGUACAUGUCUUUGCUCAUCCUUCCGUCCCUUGUUUUUAAGCGGGAGGAAUUACACAGUCCUUUUAUGCCUGGAGACUCUAUAUUAUUGGCCAGUCACUGCCUCAAAGCAUAAUUGUUAUGGUGAGCAGCUUUGGGCAGUGACAACAGGAAUUUGUGACAUAUUCAUUGCUGCGUCAAUGACUUACCAUCUAUCAAAAAAGAGAACUGGCUUCAAGAAAACCGACAAACUCAUCGAUGGUAUAAUUCGAGUGAUUGUUGAAACAGGAAGCGCAUCAGUUAUAGUGGUGCUUGUAGCGGUUGUCCUCACCUUGGGCUUCUCAAAAUAUCAUUACUACGUUGCACCCUCCCUUAUCAGCUCCAAGGUAUACAGCAACUCCUUAUUGGUAGUCUUGAACAAUCGAAGGUCCGAGCCUAAUGGCUCUGAAGUCUCAAUCUCUGCAAUGAACUAUCAUGAGCCUCGGGGACUUGCUAAUCCUCUGAGAAGAGAGGAAAACACGGCCACUACCCAUAUAUCCCUUCAAAGAAGCGAAAAUGAGAGAAUAGUCAUGGUAGAUCUUCAAGCUGUACAGACACGAAAUCGCGAGAGUCAUCCUUCAAACUGCGUUGAUGAUGCUUCCACGAAGGCAUGA